AUUGCUCAGAUUUUGAAACGCAUUGAAAACGGAAAUGAACUAACCUACACUUUAUUACAUGGUUCAAAAAAUGUUUUAUUUCUCGUAAAUUUAUAAAUCUUAAAACAAAGAUCCGAUUUGUACGUGAUUCAUCAACAAUCACCAUAAGAACGCGUCUCAAGUUGCGGAGUUGUAAAUAUCGAGCCUACGAGCGGACCGUGAAGGCAUCACCAAACUCUUCUGCCAGGCUACUUGUUAAUCCUGACAGAGCGGCAGAGUUCAGAGUUACCGAUGCAGGAAGGUGUGAACUUCAGUCCAAAGCCAGCGCAAUAUCUUUGUCGGAUAAACUGGACACUUCUGUUUACUUCUGUGGUUCCACCAGUGGACGCAGCGUCCACUUUUCAAUUUGUAAGUCCUAUUUUUUUCCUUUUUCUAUACUUUUAUAUGUGCGCGUUGAUGUGAAGGGCAGCACCGGUGUGACCCAGACAUGGCUGAGGCGCCCCCACCACAGGUACAGCCUGUCGAUAUUGACCCGGACUUUGAGCCCCUGCCCCGCCCGCGGUCCUGCACCUGGCCCCUGCAUCGCCCGGAGCUCGUCGACCCCGCCGGGUCCAACACAUCCUCCCCGGCGCCGUCAGUGCAGCAGGAGUCCGGAGGAAACGCGGAGUUCAUCAGCAGCCUCGGCUUGUUGGAAGAGAACUAUGAAGAAUACGCAGAGGAUAAAACACAUUGCCAUGUUUUUCACCACCACCACCAACAUCAUCAUCAUCUGCAGCAGCAGCAGCAGCAGCAGCUGCCGGGUCCCCAGCUGCCGCCUCAGCAACAGGUGUCCCCUUCAGGGGUCCCAGCCUUGGGCGCCUCCGGUCAGAGGAAGAUCAGCUCGUCCCGUCGCAACGCCUGGGGUAACAUGUCCUACGCUGACCUCAUCACCAAAGCCAUAGACAGCUCACCUGAGAAGAGGCUGACCCUGUCUCAGAUCUACGACUGGAUGGUGAAGAGUGUGCCCUACUUCAAGGAUAAGGGAGACAGCAACAGCUCUGCGGGCUGGAAGAACUCCAUCCGACACAACCUGUCACUGCACAGCCGCUUCGUGCGUAUACAGAAUGAAGGAACGGGGAAAAGCUCCUGGUGGAUGCUGAAUCCUGAAGGAGGAAAGAACGGAAAGUCGCCUCGACGCAGAGCCGUCUCCAUGGACAACAACAACAAAUUUGUCAAGAGUAAAGGAAGAGCCACAAAGAAAAAGAUGUCUUUACAGGAAGGCAUGGAGGGGGAAGGAAGCAGCCCAGGCUCCCAGUACUCCAACUGGCUGGGAAGCCCAAACUCCCACAACAACGAGGACUUUGAAGCCUGGAGCUCGUUCAGAACCCGCACCAGCUCCGACGCCAGCACUCUAAGUGGACGCCGUUCUCCGUUUCCCUCUGAGCAGGAGGAUCUCGUGGAGUCUGACGGACACAUGCUGUUCCCCGCCACGUCUGGGACCAAGAUAACCUCCAGCCUUCCCAGCCUGUCCGAGGUGUCUGGAUCCAUGGGCCAACACGGCUCAGAAAGGGUCAUGGAGAGCUUGCUGGACAACCUCCACUUGCUGUCUCCUAAAGCCCCCCAGCACGGCUCGGACUCGCCGCGUUCCCCAAACACCGCCAGGCUUCAGAGCGGCUCCUACGGUUCUCCUGGCCUGAGCCAGGACUACAGUAAGUGCAUGUACAGCCAGGUGAGGCUGAACUCUCUGUCGCCUGUUCCCAUGCAGACACUUCCGGAGAACAAGCCUGGCUUUGGAGGUUACGAGAACCAGUACAUCUGUCCAGCAGGACUCCUCAAAGAGCUACUGACCGCUGACGCAGGCUCCAGUAGAGACAUAAUGCCUCCCAGUGACAGAAGGGUGUCUGACACUGGGAGGGUAAGUAGUCUCAUGUCCGCUUACAGCAGUCACAACCAUAUAGCGAGUCAUCCUGGUAUUAAAAUAAUUACCCCUCCUCAGAGUCACCCAGGUCUACACGUAAACCCACAAUCUAUACAUAGCCAAGGUCCUGCUCCCUCAAGAGACUUGAAUAGUUGCAACAUGAUACCCUUGACUAGCCUGACUACUGUCUCAGGGGCUCCGCAACGACUGAACAGGCUGAGGACUUGCAUGCAGCCUCCGCAAGGACAUCUAGGACACACUAAUGACUUUCCAGCGAGCUACACCAACAGCUACAAGGAACUGAACUUGGUUCACCCUCACAGCCAUCAUCAGGAGCGGCUACCCAGCGACCUGGACAACAUGCCCAUCGAGAGGCUGGAAUGUGACCUGGAGUCGGUCCUUCAUGACACCCUGAUGGACGGCGGGGCGCUAGACUUUAAUUUCGACCCUGCAGCUGGGUUUCCCCAGAGAGUGAAGAGCACCUCGCACAGCUGGGUGUCUGGUUAGGAUUUGUCAGUGGAAGAAAAAGAGGAGGAAUUAGUGCCGCCUUGGAUGGUAGCAUGCAAGGGAAAUGUGUAAAUAUAGAAAUUGUUCUUCUCUAAGAACGAUUAAGAAAAGCCUGCCUCUACUGUUUAAUAUUUAAGACUAAAGCUGUAUAAUUAGCAUCCUGUCUUAGAGAUUAAAGCCAUUAUGAAAUGAGAUGUUGAACUGUUAGGAAGACAUUGUUGCAUAAGCCAAUAAAUAAAACUUGUUUUUUUGUUAAAAUUGAAAAUAUAGUUAUUUUUUUUUACUGUAACAUAGAAAAAGUCUGAAGACUUUUCAUUCUGACCACCACAGUGAGGUUUAGAGUGUUCUGUUUAGCACAAAAGUUCAAAAUUUAAAGUAGCAUAAAAACUUAUUACUGAACUUUUUACAGGCUUUUAUUUACCAAUAGAUGAUGGUGAAAUUUAGCUAUAGAUCUUUAAAGGUUAAGGACCCAGAUGUGUGUAGAGUAUAUUUAAGAAGUUUUAGCACAAUGGUAAAGUUUGUCUUAAAUUUAGGGGAAAUCACCAGAAUAUCAAAGUAAUCAAAUUUUUAAAUAGCAAAACAAAAGAAAUGGAGUUAAGCUGGACAUCUUUACGAUCUUUUCUGAGCCAGUUAGGAAGAUGUAACCCAACAUCAUUCUGCCCAGACACGAUAUUAGAGUGAAAUGUUUCUGAAUCCAUAAUCUCCUCCUUCAAGCUGCUGUCACACUGUUUCUUAUUUUUCCAUCGGGAUGAAGGAUGUAAAUAUUAGUGUGAUGCUGCAUAAGCACAGAGUAUGUUGCCUUUGCUCAGAUUUCACUGUCUUGUUCUUUUUCUUCAGUGCCAGAUAACGCCCUGACCAUCUAGAGAUGAAAGUCUGAUUCACUGUACGCAGUUCAUAAAUUGUUCCUGAGUGGUCAAAUGAGCAGAAAUACUCAAAAAGAAAUAAGUCAGAGCCUCCUCUAGUUGGCGCCACUUCCAGUGUUUGGCAUACCAAAUAGUAAAUCUUCACCAGCGCAGACAGAGCUUCUGCACAUCAUGUCAGGUAAUGAUUAGGUAACAUUAUUAUUGGCUCAGUGCUGCAGAAUAUGUAUUUUACACUAAUA